AUGAAGACUCGUAUCAAUUCAAAUUGUCCCUUAUUAUGUUUUACUAUAUUGUUGUUGUUUUGGUCUCAUUUAGUUAUUUCUUACACGGUUGAGAUUUCUGAUUCCAAUAACUCCACCGUGCCUUCUAGUUCAACACCACUAAUUGAUGACAUUUCCACCAAACAAGACAAUGCCAAAACCGAUCGUCGCGAACAACAAGCGGUUUAUGAUAUCAUGAAGGCCACAGGCAACGAUUGGGCCACCGACAUUCCCGACGUUUGUCGCGGUCGGUGGCACGGUAUCGAAUGCAUGCCUGAUAAAAACAAUGUUUACCACAUUGUCUCCCUCUCCUUUGGUGCCCUCUCCGACGAUACCGCAUUUCCCACGUGUGAUCCCACACGUUCCACUAUCUCUCCCUCUAUCUUAAACCUCCCUCAUCUUAAGACUCUUUUCUUUUACCGUUGUUUUAGUUAUAAUCCUCAUCCUAUACCAUCCUUCUUGGGCCAAUUGGGCCCAUCAUUGCAAACACUUGUUCUAAGAGAAAAUGGACAUGUAGGCCCAAUUCCUAAUGAGUUGGGUAAUCUUACUCGUCUUAAGGUUCUUGAUCUUCAUAAAAAUAAUCUCAAUGGUUCGAUACCGGUUUCAUUGAACCGGCUAACCGGUUUAAGAUCAUUGGAUUUGAGUGUUAAUCGGUUCACUGGUUUCAUACCCGAUUUGACUUUACCAAAUUUAAAUGUAUUGGACCUGAACCAGAAUCGUCUAAUAGGCCCAAUUCCUUCUACUAUUACAGAGUGUCACUCUUUAAUUAAACUCGAUUUCAGUCGCAAUAGGCUUUCGGGCGCAAUACCGGAUAAACUAAAAGGCCUAAAUGAUCUUAUGCUUAUGGAUUUAAGCUUCAACCGUAUUCAAGGCCCAUUUCCAACAUCACUAAAAGGCUUAGGUUCACUACAGGCCUUAAUUCUCAAAGGAAACCCAAUGGACUCAACAAUAGUAGCCCACGAUGGAUUCGAUGGUAUGGACGGUUUAAUGAUUUUAAUUAUGUCGAAUACGAAUUUACACGGCCCAAUACCAGAAUCAUUGGGUAAAUUACCCAACCUCCGCGUGCUUCAUCUCGACGGGAACCACUUCAACGGGUCGAUCCCGAAAAACUUUCGAAAUUUAAAAAACUUAAGUGAGCUUAGGCUGAAUGAUAAUGGGCUAAUUGGGCCGGUUCCAUUUGAAAGGGAAAUGGUUUGGAGAAUGAAAAGGAAGCUAAAGUUGAACAACAAUUUGGGCCUUUGUUAUGAUCCAAGUAGUGGGCUUGGAGAUAGUGUGGGCUCUGAUUUUGGUAUUGGUUUGUGUGAGAGUUCAAGCCCAGGUUUGGUUAGGACAGUGCAACAUGUUUCAGACAUGAAAAACCCCAGCCCAAUGACAACAUCGUCGUCGAAAUCUGCAGUUACAAGCCCAUUGGGCCUAGCUACUUUUGUUCUCUAUAGUACUUUAAUUUUCUUGUAA